GAAAAGCCACGGUCAUGUCUCCGGAUAAUAUACAAUGCGCGGUGGAGCUCGCCAGGUCAAUGGUUAUGUCUCCUGCAUACGAGAACCACAUAUCCUAAAACCGCUCCCAGGCUAUGGGGCACAACUUUCAUUAUCGGGAAAUUGGCCGAUCAGGUAAUGUCGAUUGCAUCGGGCUUGGAAACCUGCAUCUCUCGUUCCUUUUCCGUCUUUUAUUUUCCUCUGCAAGCUUUGGGGACAUCUAGGGAGAAAACAUGGUGCAAACGAUCAUGCAACUCACCGCAUACACCAUCUGCAAGCUGGACCGAUAUUUCAGGCACAGCGUUGAGAAUGCCUUUUCGCGGCGAGUUCUAGAUUUUGGUGGCCAAAUACAGAGUCGGAAACCUCCAAAUCUCUUCUCGUCUACAAUCAACGGGGCAGGAUCACAAGUCCCGUCCGCACCUGAGUCUUCAUCUAUCGGGAACCACGACCGCUGCUGGAUUGCAAACCACACUCCUAUUGAUGUCGAUCCAGACGCUCAUGCAUUUCUCACAACAAUUAUGUAUAUCGCCAUGACACCUCGGGACUCAAAGCUCUACACCGUAGGACCUCGACAAGUCUAAUCAGGAGAAUUGACACAAGAAUAUUAUGUAUGAAACUUGCCCAUCACACCUCAAUUAUAUCUGCAAUGAACCAAAGGCGACCCGAGCAUUCCGUGAUAUUAACAGUCUCCAUGCUUUAGCCUCGGGUGACGACGGUGAUCCGAUCCUCCAACUGAAAAUAGCUUUUGGCCCAUACCCACCC